AGUCGGAUACUACUUUUGAAAGCGAGAGUGAUGAAAACAGGAGUGAAGAGAGUGAAACUGACAGUGAAAGUGAUGGGAGAGAAAAUAAAUUUGAAUUAGCGUUUUUUCCUGAUGAAGAUAAAGAGGAGUACAUCUUCUUUCAGAAAACCCUAACUGCUGUUAAGAAUUGGUUCACUCUCUUCGGCUGGUCUAAGGGACAAAAUCCUAUUUCAAUACCGUAUUCACUAAGACGUGAUGUGUGUGAAGUCCAGAUGACCUCUUCGCAAGCAAAGUUUUUUAAGCGGAACCUUGGCAAAGAUACUGUUUAUGACAUGUUGUUCCAUCUGAGUGGACAGUUGUUACCAGGCAUUACAUCGAGCCAGUCAUUGCCCCUUGAUCCAGUUGAACGCGUGUUACAGCUCCACUGCCAGCAUUCUGCAUUGCUUGCUUUCCUCAAAAGCCAAGGGGCAUAUCUUCCUCAUGUUUUGCCAGAAUUUCUGUUUGAACCUGAUGAUUAUAAGAAAUGGAUUAAAGUGCAAACUGUACUGAAGGGUCACAUGGCUGAGUUGAAAAAGGGAGAUGUGAAACACUCAGGCAUAUUUAGCAACGAGAAUAUACUCAUUCUGAAGGACAGCGUGUUUGAGACAAUGAGGAAACGAGCUUGGACAGAUGUGCUACUGCAGGUAUACAAGGUGUUUGUUCUUCCACGUGUUUCUUCACGUAAUGUCACUGAUCUGUUCAGCUUGGAAAGCAUGCAGAACAUGCCAAGAAUAAAUUUGGAACCUUUAUCCAGUAAUAUAUAUUCUCCAUAUGAACGAACCAUCCUCACCUGCUUGAAUAAACAUUAUGAGACGAAUCGAAAAACUGUUUGGAAAGAUUGUCAAAAAGGUGGAGUACCACCAAUGAGAUGGAUUGUAAAUUUUGACCGAGAUCUUCUAGAUGGUCUGGUAUUGGCAGCACAGCUGGCAGCUUAUUGUCCAUAUUUGAUCGCUACUCACUUUGUAAGGAUGUACACUAAUCCAAGAACUCCUGAACAGUUUCUGCACAACUGUUUGAUACUUGUCAAUGCCAUGCAUGCUGUCAGGCUGGCUAUAGACAUAAAG